CUCAUCGACACCAGCGCUCCUCCCUCGCGGUCAAGACGGAGGUGCCGGAGUUCACAUGCCUCUCACUGCCGAGCAAGAGAAGGCGCUGAAGCCGCUGCUUUUAAAGGGCACGCUGGCGACCGACGCCUCCCUCGAGCCCUUCCUCGCGGCUGUCGAACCCGAUCUGCUCGCAGCGCUUGGGACCGACCACCCGCUGGCCGGCGACUCGCUACAAUUGCGCCGCUUCUUGGUCGCGAGAAAGUUCAAAGUGCCCGCGACGGUCGAGAUGAUAUCAGCGCACGUCAAGUGGCGGGCCGAGAACUUGCCGAUCAAGCCUGAGGGCGCCGUCCUCGCUGAGCUCCAGAAGGGCAAGUUCUAUUCGUAUGGCACCGACGCCGCCGGGCGGCCUCUCGUCCUCAUACACAGCGGCAAGUUCGACCCGGCGACGCGAGACCUCGAGGCGAGCGUGCGCUCCGUCUUUUACGAGAUCGAGAGGGUGAUCGCGCAGCUGCCGCCCGGCCAGGCCCAGUUCGCCGUCUUUUACGACCGUACCGGCUUCUCCAUCAAGAAGAACUGGGACUACACGCUGCUCAAGGCGGUCUUCACCCAGCUGAGCAACAACUACCCGGAGCGGCUCGGCGCCGGGUACGUCUACCCGUCCGGCAAGCUCCUCCCGAUGCUGUGGGGCCUGGUCAAGCACUUCCUCGACGCGCGCACACGUUCAAAGGUCAAGUUCAUCAAUACGCAGGAGGAGCUCCUCAAGAGCCUGCCCGCCGAGUACGUCCCGACGGCCUACGGGGGCAGCUCGACCCACGCCUUCGAUCCCGCCACCUGCGGGCUGGCGUCGGGCGAGUGAUGUGUCGCCGGGGUCCGCGGCGCGCAGCCCUCGGCCCCUGGCCAGUGCCGUCGGCGCUAGUGCGGCAGUGGCCGAGCGCGUGCCAGUCGCAGGCCUCCGCCCUCACUCUUGGUCACACACACACACACACACUCUCUCUCUCUCUGUGAUUUAGAUCAUGGACUGGGAAAAAAUUUCGUAAAAUUUGUUUG